AAUACAUAAUUUUAAACGGAUCCUGUCAUAAGCCUCACGGAAGGAUUUCCCGUCCAUUGUGUAAAAUCAGAAGUCCGUACUAAAAGCUUUAUGAAAGCAAACUUCAAGGCCAUGAAAUUUUGAAGUCUCUUAACAGAAAUUUUGCCUGUAGAAUACGGAAAGUCCGCUUCAGUGGUCAUUUCAGGCAUUUUGCUUAAGGAAAACGAUCACAGCCAGCCGUCAAGUGAUUGAAUAGUGAUACUAAAGGUUCAAAAGAGAAAAAACUUACAGGGUACGAAUCCCUUGGUUUUCAGAUCGUUGAUGUACUAGUACAAAUCUUAGCUCUAGGUAACAGGAAGAUCGGAUACAGAGAUUGUUCUCCCCAUAACUCUUCUGCAGAUGGAAGACUCAAGCGAUUUCGAAGAGAACCGGACAGGAAAUGAAAAGCGCAGGAAGCUGGCUAUGAGCAAUGAAAUUGAAGUUGGCUCUGGUUUGUCAGUGGACGAAGAAAACUGCUACAAUGAUAAUGAGAACACAGCCGAGCGAGAUAAUUGUGGUGAAGAGAGUGCACAGUUUCAGAUACAAAAAGAGGAAGGUACACACAGUGAAGAAGAUGACAAUGCAAAAGAUGGUCAGGCAGAAGCAGAGCAAAUCGUUGUAUCUAAAGCCAUGGAAGACACCAUUCAGCAAAUCCAAGAGAAGAUGGAACAAUUUACUCAGCGGGUGUCUGGAUUUCUAGAGACCGGGAAGAAUUUCUUCAUGGAAAUGUCAAAUGAAUUUGAGGAGCGCAUUGUGAUGAUACAUCAAGAACAAAUUGAUAAAUGGCAAGAGGAGAUACAACUACUUCGCACAAUUGAUUCCAUUAAUGAAGACAUGAUUGCUCGCCUCAAUGAUGCUCAGUAUCUUCUUCACACCACACGUAUGGACUGAUCAGUCCUUCCACGAUUAGAUUGACAGUUACUAGUAAUGCUUUUACAUGCAGUUUAUAGUAGAGUUCUUCAAUCCAUGGUGGUUCUAUUCUUCAAUCCAUGGUGGUUCUAUGAUUGUAAAUGCAAUGGUACCAGCAAUGGCUUUGAAAUCUCUAUUUUGCUAUGAGGUGUAGAAAUUAGUCAAUUACGAUACCAAGCCUUACACAAGAUUUAAGUCAUACUCAAAACUCUUGAGGGACGAUGUUUUGUGUUUCGUUCGCUUUACUGAAUAAAAUUCUAUACCACCCACAUGUUCAUCACAUUAUGAAAUUAAACUUUUACAUGAGCACUUGUUAGUAUGCUCUUUGAGAUCUUUCA